UGUUUAGUCUGGCAAAUAUGGAUUAUGAACUGGGUUUUUACUUUCGUGUCUGGAGACUAUGGAUAUCGCACUUGAUUCUCUAAAUGACGUAUCAAAGAAUUGAAUACCAGAAAUUAGUUUCUUCACUUAAUUAUCAGCAAAUGGAUGUCAAUUGAUUUUUUUGCUUUUUAACUAUUUUGCGUGGAUUUGGCUUGAUUUGGAAAGUUUGUGUAUUUCCCAUAAGUUUAUGUAGAUGAUUUUCUUUAAUUUGCAAGCUGAGACUUGGACUUGUCACUUUUAAUCUUUUGGUAAUAUUGAUAAUCUGAUUGUUUGGCCAAAGUUUUAGACAAAUUUUAAUCUUCAUUUUAUUCCAUCGUGAGUAAUAUUUUAGUAAUCAACUUGUUCUGAGCCAUUAUUAUUUGUUUUUGUCAAGUAAUUUGAGAAUUUCCCCAACUUUAGGUCAACUUUUGAAGAACUUUUCUAAUUCUUUUGUAGGGAUGUUCAGGGAAAUUGCAGUAGUUCUGUUGAUUGGGUUGCUGGCAUGGGCGUAUCAGGCUGCCUACCCGCCGCCUCCCAAGCUUUGUGGUAGCCUAGGUGGGCCUCCCAUCACUGCACCUAGAAUAAAACUGAGGGAUGGAAGACAUUUGGCUUACAAGGAGCACGGUGUAUCAAGAGAAACUGCCAAUUACAAGAUCAUAUAUGUUCAUGGCUUUUCCACCACCAAAGAUAAUUUUGGGUUUGUAAAAGUCCUUCCUCAGGAAGUAAUUGAAGAGCUAGGUGUGUAUUUUGUGUCCUUUGACCGGCCAGGUUAUGGAGAAAGUGAUCCAGAUUCAAAGCGAACUCUGAGGAGUUUGGCUUCUGAUAUAGAGGAACUUGCUGAUCAUUUAGGACUGGGAUUAAAAUUUUAUGUAAUUGGGUCUUCCAUGGGAGGCCAGCUGGUUUGGGGCUGCCUGAAGUACAUCCCUCAUAGGCUAGCAGGAGCAACACUGAUUGCUCCUGUUGUCAACUAUUGGUGGCCUCAAUUUCCUGCCAACUUGUCUAAAGAGGCGUACUACCUACAGCUACCACAAGACCAGUGGACACUACGUGUUGCUUACUAUACUCCAUGUCUAACCUACUGGUGGAACACGCAGAAGUGGUUUCCUGCAUCAUCUCUUGUUGUCAGAAGGCCUGAGAUUUUCUCUCGACAAGAUCUGGAAAUUUUUUCCACAGUUGCUGGGAGUCUAACACCCAUGCAAAAGGUAACUCAACAAGGGGAAUUUGAAUCCUUACAUCGUGACCUCAUGGUUGCAUUUGGGAAAUGGGAAUUUGAUCCGAUGGAUAUUGAAAAUCCUUUUCCUCACAACGAAGGCUCAGUUCAUCUAUGGCAAGGAGAUGAAGACAGGAUUGUGCCAGUUACCUUGCAGCGUUAUAUCGUCCAAAAACUUCCAUGGAUUCACUACCAUGAGUCGCCUGGUACUGGACACAUGCUCUCCUAUGUUCCUAGGAUGAAUGAAGCCAUUUUGAAGGCUCUUUUGCUAAGCAGAAAGUAGCCUUUUUCUUGAUUUCUAAUAUUCUUGUAUCUUUACUUAUGUUGUACAAGAUAUUUGCCUGCAACUGUUGUGGAUUUUCACACUAAUUUUAAUCAAAUUAUCAUAUGAAUGUUCUGUGUUCUA